AUGCCAAGUUCGAGUUUUCCAGUCCCUUCCAAGUUUCCACUCGGCCCACCGGCUGCAGCCUGCGGGAGCGGACACACCGCGGGGCCCGCGCAGCGCACCACUGGCACCAUGAAGUCCGCGGAGGAAGAACACUACAGUUAUGCGUCCUCCAGCCUCGCCCCUGGCCUGCCCCUCAGCACAGCACAUCCGGCACUGCCAGCCACCUGCCAUGACCUGCAGACGUCGAAUCCCAUCAUCUCCGUUCUCCCAUCAGCAGGUCACCCCUCGGGCUAUGGGGGCACAGUGGACAGUGGGCCACCUGGGUACUUUCUGCCCUCGGGUGCUGCCCGACCCAAUGGUGCCCCAGCUUUGGAGAGCCCUCGCAUCGAGAUCACAUCCUACCUGGGCCUACACCAUGGCAGCAACCCAUUCUUCCACGACGUCGAGGUGGAGGAGGCCAUCCCUGGUGCCAGGCGUGCACCCUCCACAGCCACGCUGCCCCUGCCUGGCCUCGAGGCCUACCGGGACCCUAGCUGCCUGAGCCCUGCCAGCAGCCUGUCUUCUCGUAGCUGCAACUCCGAAGCGUCCUCCUAUGAGUCUAACUACUCGUACCCCUACGCCUCCCCCCAGACGUCCCCCUGGCAGUCCCCGUGUGUGUCCCCCAAGACCACUGACACUGAGGACGGCUUUCCACGGGGGCUGGGGGCCUGCACCCUGUUGGCCUCUCCCCGCCACUCGCCAUCCACCUCGCCACGGGCCAGUGUCACCGAGGAGAGCUGGCUGGGCCCACGUGGCUCCCGGCCCUCCUCUCCCUGCAACAAGCGCAAGUAUGGCCUCAAUGGGCGGCAGGCGUCGUGCUCACCGCACCCCUCACCUACACCAUCCCCGCAGGGCUCCCCACGUGUCAGCAUCACCGAUGACACCUGGCUGGGUGACUCCACACAGUUCACCAGCUCGGCCAUUGUGGCUGCCAUCAAUGCCCUGUCCACUGACAGCUCACUGGACCUGGGCGAGGGCGUGCCCGUGAAGGCUCGCAAGACCACGCUGGAGCACACAGCUGCCAUGACACUCAAAGUGGAGCCUGCCUGUGAGGACCCAGGCGCCACCCCACCCGCCACAUCCUUCUCCUCUGAGGAGUUCCCCCCAUUCCAGCACAUCCGCAAGGGGUUCUGCGAGCAGUACCUGUCGGUGCCAGUGCCACAGACCCCCUGCCCCUGGGGGAAGCCCAAGCCACUCUCCCCAUCGUCCUACGUGAGCCCGUCUUUGCCUGCCCUUGACUGGCAGCUGCCGCCUCACUCAGGACCAUACGAGCUUCGGAUCGAAGUGCAGCCCAAGUCCCACCACAGGGCCCACUACGAGACGGAAGGGAGCCGGGGGGCUGUGAAGGCAUCAGCCGGAGGACACCCCAUUGUUCAGUUACACGGUUACUUGGAAAAUGAGCCCCUCACACUCCAACUGUUCAUUGGGACGGCAGAUGACCGCCUGCUGAGGCCUCACGCCUUCUACCAGGUCCACCGGAUCACGGGCAAGACGGUGUCCACCACUAGCCAUGAGACGAUUCUCUCCAACACCAAGGUCUUGGAGAUUCUGCUGCUGCCAGAGAACAGCAUGCGGGCAGUCAUCGACUGUGCUGGGAUCUUGAAGCUCAGGAACUCUGACAUUGAGCUUCGCAAAGGGGAAACGGACAUCGGGAGGAAGAACACACGCGUGAGGCUGGUCUUCCGUGUCCACAUCCCGCAGCCUGGCGGCCGGACCCUGUCCCUGCAGGUCGCGUCCAACCCCAUCGAGUGUUCUCAGAGGUCGGCCCAGGAGUUGCCGCUGGUGGAGAAGCAGAGCACAGACAGUUACCUUGCGAUUGGUGGCAAGAAGAUGGUGCUCUCAGGACACAACUUUCUGCAGGACUCCAAAGUCAUUUUCGUGGAGAAAGCUCCAGAUGGUCACCACGUUUGGGAAAUGGAAGCAAAAACCGACAGAGAAAUGUGCAAACCAAACUCACUGGUGGUUGAGAUCCCACCUUUCCGUAACCAGAGGAUCACCAGCCCGGUCCAGGUCAACUUCUACGUCUGCAAUGGGAAGCGCAAGCGGAGCCAGUACCAGCACUUCACCUACCUGCCUGCUAAUGUUCCAGUUAUAAAAACGGAGCCCACUGACGACUAUGAGCCUGUGCAGACCUGUGGCCCAGUGAGCCCAGGACUUGAUCCUCUCUCGAAGCCCUACUAUGGCCAACAGCUUCUGCUGCCGCCCGACCCCAGUGCAUGCCUGGUGGCCGGCUUUACUUCCUGCCAGCAGAGAAGCGCUGUGAUGUCCCCUCCUCCUGGCACAAGCCCAAAACUCCAUGACCUCUCUUCUGCCACUUACACUAAGUGCAGCCCCAGCUCCAGCCUCGGCCACCUCGGCCUCCAGCAGCCCGCUGGAGGGACCCCCAUCACUCAGGAAGUGCCAAGACCCAGAGCCGUCCCCCCAAGUGCUCCCCACUCGUCAUCUCACACCACACUGCAACCGCAGGUGAGUCAACAUCUCAGCAGUAGCAGUCCCCUUGGUUACCAGCAAACACGCUGUCCCAACAGUCCCACUCCUCCGGUGCUGCCUGUCACCCAAGAGCCAACCUAUUUGCAGCCCUGCAGCCCAACAUGCCCAUCCGCAGUGGGCCACCAGCCGCACCAACCUCUGAAGGUUCACAGACAUGCGUCUCCAACCACCCAGCCUCUGUCACUGCCAGAGUUGCAUGAGGACAGUAAUCAUAAUUUGGUCCCUAUUCCUGUAACCAUCAAGCGAGAACCAGAAGACUUGGACCAGUUGUACCUGGACGAUGCGUACUCCAAGGUGUGGGCGCAGACCUGCUGCGACAUCAAGAGCCUGCUGGCCUCCGUGACUAGUCAGAACACCAGCUACCCACUAGCUGUUUACUCUGCUCUUCCCCGAGGGUUUCUUGGCGAAGCCAAGCCCAGCCCACUGCUGUGGAACCAAUUCGGCAGUGACCAUUGCUGCUGCCAGGGUUUCUCUGAGAGUCUGAAGUUCCGUGCUUCCCUGUGUGUGGUCUUCCCUGCAACAGCAGAUAGUCUGAAGCACAAUGGCCAGGUGCUGUGCUCCAUGUCGCUGCUGUAUCCGGGCACGUGA